AUGCCGGGCAGAGUCGGGUCGUUGUUCGGAUUGAAGCCAUACUCUUCCACUUCCUUACGGCGCUCUUCCUCGGCGGCCUUCUUCGCCUUCCGCUUGCGCCAGAAGAAGAUUGCAGCCAGAACAAUCAGCGCCACAGCAACGAUAGGAACCACGACCGCAACGGCAAUGGUGCCACCAGGGGAUAGGCCAUGGCUAGAGGACGCAGCAGUGGUCGACAAUGCGGCCGAGCCGGUUGCAGAAGACGAGCUCGUUGUCGAGGCAAUGGUGCUGCUACUCGCGGAAGUCGUGACAACCUCGCUUGGCGUGCUGGAUAUCGGAGUGGUGGUCGAUUCGGAAGAGGUGGUAGAAGUCGGGGAGGGAGUGGACGAGGUGGUCUCGGUCGUGUGGGUGCUGGUACUGCUACUGGUUGUGCUGGUUGUGCUGGUGGUGCUGGUUGUGCUUUCAUGGGUGGGAGACGCAGAAGACGAGGUCGAAGUCGAUUCGGGCGUAGUGGUCGGGGCAUCCGAGCUGGAAGUAGUGGAGGUAGUGCUCACAGUCGGUACGUCGGCCGGAGUCGACUUGGCAGGUUGCGAUCCCGGCAUGGCGAUUGCGAUGAUUGUAGUGACAAUUUCAGACUUUUCAGCGCUCGGUCGUGUUCGUGGGGAAUAA